CUCUCUCUCUCUUCCUCCCUCCCUCCCUCCUUUGUCUCCAUUAUUACUCUAUCCGCGUGCGCAUUUUUGGAUAGCAUCCUUCCCCCUCGUGCGCGCAUCGUCCCUGCCUCCUCGUCUCUUUGCCCGUCUUCGGUGCGCUCCAGCCGAAAGCGGACCGGACUCUGCGAGGUGAGGAUGUCCGGCUGAGGUUCGGAGUGGAGCGGGAUUUUCCAGCUGCUUCCAAAGCUGCCAGUUGCGGGCGCGCUUCUCUGUGAUGGAUUUACUGUUGCUGGAAAGUUGGAUUUUCGUGACCCGGUUUACAAUGCCCAGAUCAGGGGAAGAUUUUUGAGAAGAGGGCGCUUUGCGAAUUGCACCGGGAGAAGAGAUGCACAGAGCGUGGAUUCUCUUCUUUCUGGUAGAAGAGGGCUUUGCACUGGCACAGAGAACUAAAGACUCCCCAGGUGACCCCGGCGGUCAGAGCCCCGGCCAAAACGACUGCGGCACGUGGGUCCGCAACAUCAACGGCGGGGUGUUCAUGUCACCGAACUACCCCAACACCUACCCACCCAACAAGGAGUGUGUUUACAUCCUGGAAGCUCUCCCCAGACAGAGGAUCCAGCUGGCUUUCGAUAAGAACUACUACAUCGAGCCGUCGUUCCAAUGUCGCUUCGACCACAUCGAGAUCCGCGACGGGCCGUUCGGCUUCUCCCCGAUCAUCGACCGCUUCUGCGGAGGGAAGAACCCGGGCCUCGUCACCUCCACCGGCCGCUUCAUGUGGAUCAAGUUCACCAGCGACGAGGAGCUGGAGGGCCUCGGCUUCCGCAUUCAGUACACCUUCGUUGCCGACCCAGACUUCCAUCUGCACGUGGGCGGGCUGCUGAACCCCAUCCCAGACUGUCAGUUUGAGAUUGGCGGCUGGGACGGGAUUAUUCGCUCCAGUCAGGUGGAGGAGGAGGAGCGGGUUAAGCCUGGUGAUGCUCUGGACUGCAUCUGGACCAUCAGGGCGCCGCCCCAGUCUAAGAUUUACCUGCGCUUCAUGGAUUACCAGAUGGAACACUCAAACGAGUGCAAGAAGAACUCAUCCUCCAACUCUUCCCCCAGCGCCCGGGCCGGCGGCCGCUGCCAGUCACCUGCGUCCCUGCAUCCAGACUCUAACGACGGCUCUAAUGAGUUCCCUCUCUCUGCACCAGGCGGACCAGCAGCACCUCAUCAUGCCUCCGGCAUUUCUACAAAUAACAUAACAUUUGUCGUUCAUUACAGGCCCCAGGAGAUUUUCUGCUGCUACAGUAUUCUUUUGUUAGCGUUAAUGUUGUUUUAUUAUCCCUCUCCCCAAAAUAUCUCCUGGUCCUUUUCACACUCCAGUCAUCUUUUAUUCAGAUUUAUUCAGCUAAAUUUUAUUCCCUCUGUUCGUUUCUUGCCUGCAGCUCCCUGCACGGCCAAUACGUUCUUCUGCCACAGCAACAUGUGCAUCAACAACACCCUGGUGUGCAACGGGAUCCAGAACUGUGUCUAUCCAUGGGAUGAAAACCAUUGCAAAGAGAAGCGUUCCAAGGGGCUUUUCCAUCAGAUUACUAAAACCCACGGCACCGUUAUCGGAGUUUCCUCAGGCAUAGUUCUUGUUCUUCUUAUUAUCUCCAUUUUGGUCCAAAUGAAGCAGCCCAGAAAGAAGGUGGUGGCUCGCCGACCCGGGGUCUUCAACAAGGCUGGAUUCCAGGAGGUCUUCGACCCGCCCCACUACGAGCUCUUCUCUCUCCGCGACAAGGAGAUGUCCACAGACCUUGGCGAUCUUUCCGAGGAGUUGGACAGCUUCCACAAGGUGCGUCGCUCCUCCACCAUGUCGCGCUGUGUCCACGAGCACCACUGUGGCUCCCAGGGCUCCGUAGCCACUGGAAGCGGCGGCGGCGGCUGCGGUGGCGGUGGAGGAGGGAGCAUGAAGCACAGCAGAACUACGCUGAGCUCCAUGGAACUGUCCUACCACAACGACUUCUCCAAGCCCCCUCCCAUGAAGACCUUCAACUCCACGUCCACCUACAAGAAGAGCUGCUACGGCUACAAGCAGCACUCGCAGACUCAUGACUGCGACCAGCAGGUCAUCGAGGACCGCGUCACCGAGGAGAUUCCGUGUGAGAUUUACAGCCGUGGCGCAGUGGGACUAGUCGGAGGAGCGACAGUCGGAGGAGCGAUGGGUGGAGCAAUGGGUGGAGCGAUGGGAGGAGCGAUGGGAGGGGCAAUGGGAGGAGGCGGCCCAUCGGGAAUUGCCGGAGGAGGGAUUACAGGCGGAGUGUCCAUGGCUGGCGGGAUGGGCAUGGUAAGCGGAGUGAGCAUGGCUGGGCCCAGUGGGAUAGCUGGAGGUAUUGGCGCCGGGAUGGCAGGCGCCUGUGGAACCCUCAGUGUUCGGGGGACCAGCGCUCGCAACAGUACCACCAUAGUUGACCCACAGCAGCGCUCCAUAUCCAUGGACUUCUAGAUCCUGAAGGUUAAACAGGAAACACAGACCUUGCAUUUCCUUUAUGGAAUAAAAAAUUACAGGACAAAAGCCCCACAUAAACAGACCAACCCCUGCUUCCUCCCACGCCUCUCGUCUACAGGUAACUUUUUGUUGUUGUUGUUGUUGUUUUGUUUUGUUUUUUUGAGUUAAUACACAAGGACCUCUCAAAUUCACAUGGAGCCUUUGGAAGAAUGGAAGCUAUUAGAGUAACAAAAUGGACCAAACUACUCAUUUUUUGAUACUGAUGGACCUCAAGUGAAGACAACAUAAAGACAUUCUGCCUUUUCACUUGUCUUUCACUCACUUAAUCUCUACUUCCACCUGAAACUUGUUGGAAAAUGUCCUCGCAUGCAGAGCCAGACUUCUCUCCAUUUGGGUUUCUUGGUGACUCCGACGGGACAGAAGGGGACUGUGAGACAUGCUACAGGCAGACUGUUACAUUUAUUCACCUGCCAGGCACAAAUAUAUAUGAUCUAUAGUGCAUCUUCUAAUAAUUUAUAUCCUUUUGAUUUAUCUUUUUGGUCAAUGUGUUGUACUGUUGAAACCAGAAUAUAUCCAGCCUCAUGGUGUUGCUUGGCUUUUUACUCUUUCGUUUGUUAAAAUUGUUGCUGCCCUGAUUUCAUAGAGGUGGAUUAUCGGUGGCGCAAAUCUGAUCAAUGGAAUAAAACGAUUGCAAUGUUAUGUCAAUAUAAUAAUGAUGUAGUUUCCAUGGUUACCUCACAGGGGAUACCCAUCACUCUCCUCAGGGUGAGCACAUGAAGAGACUGUCCUGUUUGGAUAAGAAAUGUAGAAACAGAGAUUAUUCGGGGUGUGUGAAGUUUUUUGAACAAUGGUUUAUAGAACAUGAAGCUCUUAGCUGGGAGAAUCCGAGUCAAAAUAAGCAACAAUCCCGAACCCUGCAUCUCUAAUGGGGGGGGUGGAUAUAUAUUUUUUCUCUCUUUCUCCACGACCCCAGUGUGUAAAACAAGCACAAGCCUUCAGCCUGAGUGACACAUGUAGCCUGUAUUAGACUCAUUUAUGUUUUCAAACCACUUGUUGUAUAAUUUCAUUCUGUUGAAUUAAACGAGAGCUUACUCACAUCCUC